AUGGAGCAGUCAUCGGCGCAGAAUAAUGUGCCUCAUAUGCAUCCUCCAUCAGUAACCUCUGGUUCUGUACAUCCAGAAUAUUGGAGCUUGUAUUCAGCUGGACCGGACCAGCAACAGCCAUUGGGCAGCGGUUGGAACCAUACAGUGUUCCAACAAGCUCCUCAACAACAGCAACAACAACAGAAUCAUGUGCAACAGAUACAAGAGCCUAACCAAGGUAUCUACUCCCAGAACCCGCCAUCCUGGCAUCAGAGUCCAUCCCUGCAACAUCAUGCAGUUUCUCAGCAGCAUUCGAUCUCCCCGGGGCCACAAGGAUAUAACAUUCCGCCCCAAUACCAAAUGCAACCUUACCGCCAAGAGCACGUUGCAUAUGAGCCUCGUUCUCUGACGCCAUCCAAUCCCCCGGCAUAUGAAUCUCCAUAUAGCUUUGAGCCAAGUUUCUUUCAGCCACACCAGGUUCAGCUGCCGGAGACGUACUCGCAACCGACAUCACAAAGCGUACAACGCCAGAACACUCAACCAUCAAAUGUGCCUUCCAACUCUUUCCGGCAGCCUAUUACACAGUAUCAGAUGCAUGCUGAUUUUCCCGAGAAUAUUGCGCAUUCUCAUGUUAACUUCCCUUCUACUUCUUAUCAUGAACAGACGCCUAAUCUCGCUUAUCAAACGAGCACUAUCAACCCGCAGUUCCUUACCACGUCACAGCAGGCAUCUAAUCAGGCUCAUGCCGCUUCUCAUCAAAAUGAGUUCUUCCAAUUCACCCCCGCUGACUUCGAGCGUCCUGAUAACACCAAAAACUACGAGUUUUAUCAUCAUCAAGACUUUCAGCCAAAUGCCCUUAAUCAGACAGUUCAACAACAUCAUGAGCCUACCCAGCAAAGCCAGCUUGACCUGUCUACUCAGCCUACUAUUCCUCAGCUUCUCCAGUUCCGGAACAUUACGUCACAGGGUGACAAUCAAAUACCCGUGAUCAAACAAGACCCCGGUGUAGUGCCGCCGGUGAAGCCUGCGAAAGCAGCCGCACCGAAGAAAAAGAAGUCCAGUCCGACAAAGUCGUCGCAGACAAAGGUCAAGAAGGCUACUAGCAAGGCAUCUACUAAGAAACAGGGCUCCAAAUCUGCCUCUUCCAGUUCUGAGAGCGACAGUUAUGACGAUUCUGAUCUUGACAUCGAGAUACCCGAGGAGCCGUCUCCUAUUCCGGCUACUCGUCCGCAGGAUCCGGUGGCUGCAGCCGAGUAUGAUACACUCAAGGCCGUCUGGUCGCCACGUAAUAGGCGACCAGCUGUUGACACAAUAAAAACCGCCCUUGUUGCGUUCAAGGAUGUCGUCAAAUCUGUAAGGGAUGCAUGGAAAGAACAGAGCCAGGCCAUGAAGGUAGCGGAGAACCAAUCCGACAAUAACAAGGCAGCCGAGAUCAAGAAGAAUGUCACUCUUCAGCGCCGGUUAAUGGAGGUUGUUGUCAAUACGGCCUUGGAGAAAGGCCAUCCGAUCAUUGUCGAGAAACUAGGUGAACAUCCUAUGGCUGUUGCGGCAAUGUAUUCUUUUCUCUUGGACCGACACCAGGCUUCUGAUUACGAGGGCAAUUUAACGGUUAGCCUUCUGAAGCUUCUGGCUCGCUUUGUGACUAUGGAUGAAGAUGUGCUGCAAAAAACCAAUGUUGCAAAGCUUCUGCCCAGGUUCAUGAAAAAGGGCGGGCAAACAGUCAAGGACUUGGCACAAAAGAUCAUAGAUAAUGCGGCUGCCUCCACCAAGAGAAAACAGGAAGCGGCAAAGGCACCGACUAAAGAGCAGCCUCCAGUGAAGACAGCAUCUGACACUACUAAUGGUACUUCUCAGACUGAACACGGGGUUAAACGUCCUCGUGAGGGUGAAAGUAAUGGUCUACCAGCCACUAAGCGUGCAGUGACUCCCUCAAAUGUCAAGACUGCCACCAAUACUGUCACCGGUGCCAGCGCUAGUAGCAAUGCCACUGUCCCCAGUAAACGUCCAGCAGAGGGGAACGCCGAUGCAAAAGCAACAUCGGCGCCCAGUAACGGAACUGCACUUCGGCCCAAAGCUAAUAUUGUUGCUCCAAAACCUACUAGUCUUUUCGGAAGCCUAGCUUCUGCUUCCAAGAGACCGGGCACUUCCAAUGCGGCACGCGCUGCUGCUGCUGCGAAGGAAAAAGCGAGCGCUGCUGCUGAGAAGAAGGACACUCCGCCUCCACCCCCUCCGAAACCAACAUUUUCGUUCGGAGAUCUCCUGGCCGACCUUAAUAAACCGAAAGACACCGCCUCUGAGAAGCCAACGGAGGAGAGGCCCCCUGAAACAGAAGAAGAGCGCAAAAAGCGGCUUCGGAAAGAGGAAAGGCGAAGACUGCGCGUUACUUGGAAGCCCGACGACUCGCUUACGGAGAUUCGCCUCUUCACACAUGAUCCUGAAGAGGAGACCGGUCGUGAUUCGAGUUCGAUUCGCGAUGUAGGCGACAUCAAGGGAGAAGGCCGUGUGCUUAAAGAGCACAAGGACCUGGACGACUUAGAAGACGACGAAGAAGUGGGAGCCAAGGAAGAAGAGCUGCAGCCCUAUGGUGGAGUCUCUGAAAUCGACUUUACCGUAAUCGAAGCGGAAGACAGGGCGCGGAAUUAUGUCAAACGGGCAGGCAAUCUACAGCCAUCGAGCCCCGAGAAACAAGCUCAGGAGCAUCGUGAAGCUACCACGUUGAUGGUGGUCCACGCAUCGCCUGCAGAUAUACCCUCAACCCCGAAGGAGCCGCCGCCUCCAGGUGACGAGGAAAAGGCGCCUGAGGAAGUAUCAUUUGGUGAGCUUCCGGAUCAUGUCAAGGCUAGGCAAGCACGUUACUUUGCGAUGGUCAACCCCCAACCAGCUCUGCCGCCUCAGCCAUCCGUGCCAGUGCCAGCGCCUGCUGCGCCUGGUGGUGGACUUGACAUAUCAAACCUCCUCAAGAUAAUCCAAAACGCACCACAGCAACGUCCGACACCUCCGCCCCAGCCUGUUCAGCAGGCUCCGCUGUCGGAUCUUGAAAAAACGAUCAAUCUGUUCCGCCAACAGCAAGGCCAACCACCAUUGCCCCAACUCCCUCAAUUCCCUAUUGCGCAGCCUCCUGUUUCUCAGCCUCCAGCUUCUCAGGACAUCAAUUUGCAGAAGAUCCUGGCUGUCAUCAAUGCUCAAAAGCAAUUACAGCAACCUCCUGCUCUGCCACAAAAUCAACCGCCGCAACCUGCUAUGCCAUCGAAUCUCGCUGCUAUUAUUUCCCAGUUUACCAAUCCAGCCCAACAGGGUUUUCAGGCACAACCUCAGCAGUCGUCCAAUCAGCAUUAUGAAGACCCGGAGCGCAAGCGCAUGCGUGAAGGUCUUGGCUACGACGGUCCCAGUGACGACAGAUACAGCCAACAAAAGCGCCCGAAGAUGUAUGUGGAUCCUAAGGCAAAGAAACAUCCCAAGGCUGGUCUGGUCGCUUGCCGGUAUUGGCGCGAGGGCAAAUGUCUGAAAGGCGAGGAUUGCACGUUCCGCCAUGACCCUCUUGACUGA